UCUCCUCACAGCCACGCCCUCCAGCACAGAGCUGUGAAUGGCCGAUACGUUCAUUAGGGUCCUCCCAUAUUUAUGCAGUCUCAAGUCUGUCUUGUCCAUGUGGUCUGCAUCUGUACAGGGGGAAUCACCGCACCCGCAUCACUUCCGUCAUGGAAUCCAAAUAUGUGGCUUUUCAUAUUUCCCGGAAGACAUCCGGCUCCGUUGUCAAGGAAACAGAAAAGAGCGCAUCUGGUUGCCAUGGACAUGGAUCUCGGGUCGGGUGGGCUGUUGGGACAGUAUGCGUCCUUUCUGUCGUUGUCAACGUCGUGUUGCUGAUGAUGUAUAUUGGGCUGCAGAAGGAGGUGGACAGGCAAAAAGCGGUUGUUGAUAAUAUCAACACUCUCUUGACCAAGAACGAUGCAUGGGUCAGCUCCAGACACGAACAGUCUGUAUCUGUAUUCCAGUCUGUGGGCCAGUCAGGUCAAGCAGCCUUUGAGAACCGACAUUUGUACAAACGAAGUUCUGGAGCUCGGGAAAGCGGUAGCCGACGACACGGAAGAAUUAGACGCAAUGCACGUAACAACAGACGCUGCAGCUGCAACAUGGCCGCCAUCAGACGCAACCUCGAGAACAACCCUCCAGCAUUUCAGUACCCGCCAAGACCAGCCGUCCACCUGAUGGGCGUCACAGACUCACCACGAAGGCUGACUCACAAUGAAUUCAUAACAUGGCAGCGGCCAAUGUCUGCGGUAAACAGCUUCGGGUACGAACCUGUUCCCUCAUCGUCCACUGAGGUCCAGGGUCUGAUCAUCAGGUCCAGCGGGACCUAUUUCAUCUAUUCACAGGUCGCUUUAAACGGAAAAACUAUUGCGAAUACGGCGUUGCCAGAAUGUGGGCACGAUGUCAUCAGGGAACGUGAGGCUGGCGACUCUUCAUACCUUAUACUACUGAGAAGUAUUGUGACCCAGGACAGAGAGGGUGGAGCCUACUUACGGUCCAACGUCCAGGAUGGCCAUGUUUACCCCCUUGACACACAGCUGCAGGCCGGGCUAUUCGUGUUGAUGAGAGGGGACAAAAUCCGGGUUCGAGUCUCCGGCUAUUGCAGGCGGUAUGCACGUCUCCGGAUGAAUCAACAGUUCACUUACUUCGGCGCAUUUAUGGUCAACAAUUCGCCAAUGUGAGAAGGUGAUGAACGUCACUUGACCAGACAAUCUACAUGACAAUCAUCGUACUGAAGGGAGGAUGCUUGGGUCAUUGAGAGAACGUAGGUUUGGGGAUUGAACGCUGAAAGUAAAAACCAGGUUCCCUAUAACAAUUUACAUGUAUCUUACUUCAGCCCUUGAAGCUUUGUGUUGACAGAUAACCCCGCACUAUCUAUCUAGCUCUUAAGUCGUGCAUUGAUAAAUAACAGUGUGUUAUCCACGUCAUAUCUAGCUCUUAAAGUCGUGCAUUGAUAAAUAACAGUGUGUUAUCCACGUCGUAUCUAGCUCGUGAAGUCGUGCAUUGACAAAUAACACCGUGUUAUCCACGUCAUAUCUAGCUCGUGAAGUCGUGCAUUGAUAAAUAACAGUGUGUUAUUCACGUCAUAUCUAGCUCGUGAAGUCGUGCAUUGACAAAUAACACCGUGUUAUCCACGUCAUAUCUAGCUCGUGAAGUCGUGCAUUUAUAAAUAACAGUGUGUUAUCCACGUCAUAUCUAGCUCGUGAAGUCGUGCAUUGAUUAAUAACAGUGUGUUAUCCACGUCAUAUCUAGCUCGUGAAGUCGUGCAUUUAUAAAUAACAGUGUGUUAUCCACGUCAUAUCUAGCUCGUGAAGUCGUGCAUUGAAUAAUAACAGUGUGUUAUGCACGUCAUAUCUAGCUCGUAAAGUCGUGCAUUGAUAAAUAACAGUGUGUUAUCCACGUCAUAUCUAGCUUGUGAAGUCGUGCAUUGAUAAAUAACAGUGUGUUAUGCACGUCAUAUCUAGCUCGUGAAGUCGUGCAUUGAUAAAUAACAGUGUGUGUA